CCACCGCCGAGAGGUCCCUCAUGUAAGGUAGGUAUUGAUCACCGUACCUACUUAACAAAGACCGCCGCUCGCCGUUCCGAUACUGGCCGCUCGCUACAGUAGGUAGAUGUUCCCGGAGAGGUGGGUUGGUAAGUACGGUAGGUAGUUUCUUUUCCCAAUGUCUUACUUUACGAUACAAAUGUGUGGAGGGAGAAACAUUCACAGUCCUCUUCAGCCUUCAUGUCCAUUCCGAGUCAAGUGUCUAGCAUCUGCAGGAUAUCAAACCCCUCUCUAUGUGGUUUUCACUCUUUCCAUCCCAAGUCCGGGCAGGAAACCAAAGCUCCAACCACGUCGGAUACCUACUUGUCAAUAUGUACAUGUCCGACGUUCCGCCCAGACCCUUUUGAUAUCUUACACUCCAAACCCUCCCGUCCACUCACCGCAAGACAGGCGGGGUCCACCGGUGACAGUGACAGUGACAUGCUGCUUGCCGGAACGGUGCCUUGCCUUACCCUCCAACACUCGAAUCAUUCACUCGCUCGCAAACUGCACGUUACACACCCUCUAGACGGUGGCCCGACCAAAAAAAGUCCAGCCCAAAUCCUCUACCCCUCCAUCUCACUGUCUCGUGCCAUAAGUCAGUCACUCAUCUUUCCCCUCCCUGUCGGCCUUGCGCCCAUACGCCUCUGAUCUACCUACCUUACCUUACCUACCCCAAAACCGCCUCCGACCCUUCAUUCCUACCUACCAUACCUACCUAUCUAUACAUGAUUACAUGACCUCCCCGGGACCCUCCAGUCGCAAAGGAUCAAAAACGUGAACAAACCCAAGAAAAGAAAAGAAAAGAAACUCCAAAGAAACCGUAUUAUCGUCCUCGUCCCAAACAAGUCAUGAUUUCCUCGCCCUGAA